UAUAAUGAAAACAGGAAAAUUAAGAAGUGCUCAACUCUGCAUGACGAUGGGGAAAGAAAGAAGAAAAACUCUUAUGCAAGGUUCAGAAGAGAAUGGAGUUUGUUAACGUUACGGAGUUGGAGCGCUGAGAGAAACCAAAACAAAAAAGUAAAAAAAAAAUCUAAAAAAUCGCGAGAAUGGAACCGAGCGUUCUGGAAUGUCUGGGCGUUGAAAUCAUCGGCGUCAUGAGUCCGGUGUCGAUCUGCAUGUUCCUGGUGGUUCUUCUGGUCUACGCCCUCUCCUCGCCGUCAUCCUCUGCCGCCACCAUCACAACCGCCGCCAACCUCGUCUACGCCGAGAACCCUGCCGAUAGCCCAGCGGAGAAGUUCGAGGGCGCGCUCCUCAACGCCGUCGUCUUCGUCGGUCUCAUCGCUCUCGUCACCUUCCUCCUCGUACUCCUCUACUACUACAACUGCACCGCCUUCCUCCGCCACUACACGCGCUUCUCCGCCUUCUUCGUCCUCGCCUCCAUGGGCGGAUCCAUCCUCCUCUCCCUCCUCCAGCGCUUCUCCAUCCCCCUCGACGCGGUAUCCUCCUUGCUUCUGCUCUUCAAUUUCACUGUUGUCGGUGUACUCUCCGUCUUCGCCGGCGGGAUCCCGAUUAUUCUCCGCCAAGCGUACAUGGUCUGCCUCGGGAUCAUCGUCGCCGCUUGGUUCACAAAAUUGCCUGAGUGGACCACGUGGACGCUCCUCGUUGCGCUCGCGCUCUACGAUUUGGUCGCCGUUCUCGCCCCCGGAGGCCCGCUCAAGCUCCUCGUCGAUUUGGCGUCCACCCGGAAUGAGGAGCUGCCGGCCUUGGUCUACGAGGCGCGUCCUACUGUCGCUACCCGAACCCCCGCCGCCCUAGGAUUUGUGGUCGCCGGGGUUUCGGAUUCUGAAGCUUCUAGAAUUGAGCUUCAGGUAGUUUCUAGGGAUAAUGUAAGUAACAAUGAUGAUGACGACGACGACAUUGAUGCGAAUCAUGGUGGGAGCGAUGAAGGGGAAAGGUCCCCAUUGGUUGGUGGAAUGAGAUUUGGUGAUGUUGUUAUUAAUGAGGAGAUGUCUCCCCUUGUUGAAAUGAGUGGGAUGGGGGAUGGUGAGGACGCCGAGAGGGUGAUGAGGGAGAUUGGUGGGGAGAGGGGGAUUAAGCUUGGCCUUGGGGACUUUGUUUUCUACAGUGUUCUUGUGGGGAGAGCUGCCAUGUAUGAUUUGAUGACAGUGUAUGCGUGUUACCUUGCUAUUAUUUCGGGACUGGGGUGCACACUGAUAUUGUUGUCGGUGUGCCGGCAGGCUCUGCCGGCACUUCCAAUUUCGAUCGCCCUGGGGGUUCUGUUCUAUUUUUUGACGCGGCUGCUGAUGGAGCCCUUCAUUGUUGGGACUGCCACCAAUUUGAUGAUGUUUUGAGGUUUUUGAGAUACAGGUUUGGCAGGCUAGGCUUUAGAAAUGUUCUAGUGGUUUCAUGUACAAGAAAUUUUUGCAUGGAAUCAUUAAGUAGGAUUAUAUCCAUUACAUCAAAUGAUAUACUUGUGCUCAUUUUCACAGAUAGUGUUGUAACUGAUGUUUGAAAUGAAAUGCAAUUCAACCACCCCUUCCAUGCCCUUUUCUGUAGAGAUUGUAAAUUUUCAAACUAAAAUGACUAGUUAUAUUAAGCAAGUCUUCCUUGUCCUUUUGUUGUACAUGAGAUUUGUAGAGGAAGUUAUUAUCUACUGGCAUUUGCUGAAUU